CCGCCUCGGCCUCCCAAAGUGCUGAGAUUACAGGCGUGAGCCACCGCGCCCGGCCUCAAUAGCGACUCUUUAAGCCCCCUACUCUAAUGUCCGAUACUUCCUCCACUUAGCGCCUUCAUUCUAUCCCUUCAUAUUCAUCUCCAUGCUCAAAUUCCUUUACGCAUGUUACUGACCCUAGCCGAGAAGACCCUCUACCCCCCCGUCGGUCCCCUCCCCGAGGGGAACCCCAGUCACCGGUCCCGCCCCAUCCAGGCGGGCUGAGUCAGGCGGCAGGAACUGGGCGGGGGGCGGCGCCGGGAGGAGCCGAAGCCGAGCCAGAGCCGCUGGGAGCGAGCCGGGAGCCCAGCCGGGCGGCUUGAAGUGGCCAGGGCCGCAGGGUCCGCGGGGGGCGAGCGCGGGUCGUGGGCCGUCCCGGACCCACCAUGAACACCAAGAAGAGAGGGAGCCCCGCGCGGACUCACUCCAUGAUGUCCCUGUCGGUGCGGCCGCAGCGCCGCCUGCUCAGCGCCCGGGUCAGUAGGAGCCAGUCCUUCGCAGGCGUCCUCGGCAACCACGAGCGGGGACCCAGGAGCUUCCCGGUCUUCAGCCCGCCGGGGCCCCCACGGAAGCCCCCCGCGCUCUCCCGAGUGUCCAGGAUGUUUUCCGUGGCUCACCCAGCCGCCAAGGUGCCGCAGCCCGAGCGGCUGGACCUGGUGUACACGGCGCUGAAGCGGGGCCUGACGGCCUACUUGGAAGUGCACCAGCAGGAGCAGGAGAAACUCCAGGGGCAGAUAAGGGAGUCCAAGAGGAAUUCCCGCUUGGGCUUCCUGUAUGAUCUGGACAAGCAAGUCAAGUCCAUUGAACGCUUCCUGCGACGACUGGAGUUCCAUGCCAGCAAGAUCGAUGAGCUGUAUGAGGCAUACUGUGUCCAGCGGCGUCUCCGGGAUGGUGCCUACAACAUGGUCCGUGCCUACACCACUGGGUCCCCGGGGAGCCGAGAGGCCCGGGACAGCCUGGCAGAGGCCACUCGGGGGCAUCGCGAGUACACGGAGAGCAUGUGUCUGCUGGAGAGCGAGCUGGAGGCACAGCUGGGCGAGUUUCAUCUCCGAAUGAAAGGGCUGGCUGGCUUCGCCAGGCUGUGUGUGGGCGAUCAGUAUGAGAUCUGCAUGAAAUAUGGGCGUCAGCGCUGGAAACUACGGGGCCGAAUUGAGGGUAGUGGAAAGCAGGUGUGGGACAGUGAAGAAACCAUCUUUCUCCCUCUACUCACGGAAUUUCUGUCUAUCAAGGUGACAGAACUGAAGGGCCUGGCCAACCAUGUGGUUGUGGGCAGUGUCUCCUGUGAGACCAAGGACCUGUUUGCUGCCCUGCCCCAGGUUGUGGCUGUGGAUAUCAAUGACCUUGGCACCAUCAAGCUCAGCCUGGAAGUCACAUGGAGCCCCUUCGACAAGGAUGACCAGCCCUCAGCCGCUUCUUCUGUCAACAAGGCCUCCACAGUCACCAAGCGCUUCUCCACCUAUAGCCAGAGCCCACCGGACACACCCUCACUUCGGGAACAGGCUUUCUAUAACAUGCUGCGACGGCAGGAGGAGCUGGAGAAUGGGACAGCAUGGUCCUUGUCAUCCGAAUCUUCAGACGACUCAUCCAGCCCACAGCUCUCAGGCACUGCCCGACACUCAUCAGCCCCUAGGCCCCUGGUGCAGCAGCCUGAACCCCUUCCCAUCCAAGUUGCCUUCCGUAGGCCUGAGACCCCCAGCUCUGGGCCCUUGGAUGAGGAGGGGGCCGUGGCCCCAGUCCUGGCAAAUGGGCAUGCACCCUACAGUCGGACUCUGAGCCACAUCAGUGAGGCUAGUGUAGACGCUGCCUUGGCUGAGGCUUCAGUGGAGGCCGUUGGCCCAGAAAGCCUAGCCUGGGGACCUAGCCCACCUACACACCCAGCUCCCACCCAUGGAGAGCACCCCAGUCCUGUUCCUCCUGCCCUGGACCCUGGCCACUCUGCCACAAGCUCCACCCUCGGUACAACAGGCUCUGUCCCCACAUCUACAGACCCUGCCCCAUCUGCACACCUAGACUCAGUUCAUAAGUCCACAGACUGUGGCCCUUCAGAACUGCCAGGCCCCACUCACACCACUACAGGCUCUACCUAUAGUGCCAUUACCCCUACCCACAGUGCUCCAAGCCCCCCCACUCACACUACUACAGGCUCCACCCACAAGCCCAUAAUCUCUACCCUUACUACUAUAGGCCCUACCCUCAAUAUCAUAGGCCCAGUCCAGACUACCACAAGCCCCACCCACACUAUGCCGAGCCCUACCCAUACCACAGCAAGCCCCACUCAUACUUCCACAAGCCCCACCCAUACCCCCACAAGCCCCACCCAUACCCCCACAAGUCCCACCCACAAAACCAGGAUGUCAACUCCCACCACUACAAGUCCCACCCACAAAACCAGGAUGUCACCUCCCACCACUACAAGUCCUACCCCCAGUGCUAUGGGCCUCCAGACUGCCACAAGCCCCACCCAUCCUACCACAAGCCCCACCCAUACCUCCACAAGCCCCACCCAUCCCACCACAAGCCCCAUCCUUAUAAAUGUAAGCCCUUCCACUUCUGUAGAACUUGCUACCCUCUCCAGCCCCUCUAAACACUCAGACCCCACCCUCCCAGGCACUGACUCCCUUCCCUGUAGUCCCCCAGCCUCCAAUUCCUACACUCAGGCAGACCCUAUAGCCCCCAGAACCCCCCACCCAAGUCCUGCCCAUUCCAGUAGGAAACUCCUCACAAGCCCUGCCCCAGAUCCCCCAGAGUCUGUGGUUCAGAGUCUAAGCCCCACUCCCUCACCCCCAACCCCUGCACCCCAGCAUUCAGACCUUAGCCUGGCCAUGGCUGUCCAGACCCCAGUCCCAAGGGCAGCCGGAGGGUCUGGGGACAGGAGCCUGGAGGAGGCACUGGGGGCCCUAAUGGCUGCCCUGGAUGACUACCGUGGCCAGUUUCCUGAGCUGCAGGGCCUGGAGCAGGAGGUGACCCGACUAGAGAGUCUGCUCAUGCAGAGACAAGGUCUGACUCGCAGCCGGGCCUCCAGUCUCAGCAUCACUGUGGAGCAUGCCUUGGAGAGCUUCAGCUUCCUCAAUGAAGACGAAGAUGAAGACAAUGAUGUUCCUGGGGACAGGCCUCCAAGCAGCCCGGAGGCUGGGGCUGAGGACAGCAUAGACUCACCCAGUGCCCGCCCCCUCAGCACGGGGUGUCCAGCUCUGGACGCUGCCUUGGUCCGGCACCUGUACCACUGCAGUCGCCUCCUGCUGAAACUGGGCACAUUUGGGCCCCUGCGCUGCCAGGAGGCAUGGGCCCUAGAGCGGCUGCUGCGGGAAGCCCGAGUGCUGGAGGCAGUAUGCGAGUUCAGCAGGCGGUGGGAGAUCCCGGCCAGCUCUGCCCAGGAAGUGGUGCAGUUCUCGGCCUCUCGGCCUGGCUUCCUGACCUUCUGGGACCAGUGCACAGAGGGACUCAGCUGCUUCCUCUGCCCGGUGGAGCGGGUGCUUCUCACCUUCUGCAACCAGUAUGGUGCCCGCCUCUCCCUGCGCCAGCCAGGCUUGGCUGAGGCUGUGUGUGUGAAGUUCCUGGAGGAUGCCCUGGGGCAGAAGCUGCCCAGAAGGCCCCAGCCAGGGCCUGGAGAGCAGCUCACAGUCUUCCAGUUCUGGAGUUUUGUGGAAACCUUGGACAGCCCCACCAUGGAGGCCUACGUGACCGAGACCGCUGAGGAGGUGUUACUGGUGCGGCAUCUGAACUCGGAUGACCAGGCUGUUGUGCUGAAGGCCCUGAGAUUGGCGCCCGAGGGGCGUCUGCGAAGGGACGGGCUGCGGGCCCUCAGCUCCCUGCUCGUCCAUGGCAACAACAAGGUCAUGGCUGCUGUCAGCACCCAGCUCCGGAGCCUGUCACUGGGCCCUGCCUUCCGGGAGAGGGCCCUCCUGUGCUUCCUGGACCAGCUGGAGGAUGAGGACGUGCAGACUCGUGUGGCUGGCUGCCUGGCCCUAGGCUGCAUCAAGGCUCCCGAGGGCAUUGAGCCCCUGGUGUACCUCUGCCAAACUGACACAGAAGCUGUGAGGGAAGCUGCCCGGCAGAGCCUACAGCAGUGUGGAGAAGAGGGACAGUCUGCCCAUCGACGGCUGGAGGAGUCCCUGGAUGCCCUGCCCCGCAUCUUUGGGCCUGGCAGCAUGGCCAGCACAGCAUUCUAAACUAUUCACCCCUGGGUUCCUGGCGCCCCUUUCUCCCCACUUUCAGGGCUCACCAGGCACUGGCAGGGAGGGUAAGGGCUGGCUCCAGAUACCCCUCCCCCACAGAUUCCUAGCAAUGAAAAUCUAAUAUAUUCUUCUGUUGCCCCUGGGGUUGGAGAGUCAGUGCCUGCAGUCAAGUGCCUCCCAGCCUCGGCUCAGCACAUCCCUUGCCACAAAUCAGUGUCUGGGGCUUGGCCACCCUGCCUCUGCCCAGCCACAUCCCUUGGUUUUGUAUUUUAUUUACAGAGUUUUACAGAAAAUAAAAAAGUAAAAUGCCUUUCCUACA